AUGGAUCAAGCUGAAAAUAACUACGUACCGUCCUCCAAUCAUCCUAAUAAUAUCGAUGAACAAAACGUUCAACGUACUUCGAUUAACAACGUCGACGAAUUUUCAAACAUCCGUAAUGAAACCUCUCUACACGUUCAUGAUACGGUUCCUGUGAAUCAAAAUUUCACCUAUGAGUUUUAUUUACCUACAAAUGACGCGCGCAUUUAUCAUGUCACAUAUACCGAAUUACCAACACACGAAAUCGCACGACGCUUAAACAGUAGGAUAAAUUUAUCUCACGUCCCAGAAUUCCAAUUUCCGUAUCAUUAUAAUAUACAAUCGUUGAUCCAUCAACGGAUUCAGCAACAACUUCAGCAAACCACUACUUCCCAAGCGUAUUCGGAAAAUCCCAUUUAUAAUGAGGCUUCGACUCCUUCAAGCGAGGUCGUUUCUGACAUCAUGCAAGACACGCAAGAUAUGGGGUGCGAUGAGGGAGGUUCCGGGUUAAUAAACCGCGCCGACUCAUAA